GAAGAUAACCCCGAAGCCUUGGCCUUACUUCUAAACAUUGCCCAUCUCAGAUUCACCGAAGUCCCUACAAAGAUAGACUUCAAGCUGCUCGUCCAUCUUGCUAUACUGACCGACAAAUAUGGCGCAACCAAGUGCAUCCGCCCAUGGAUCAAGAAAUGGAUGGAUGACCUGGAACACUUGAUCCAUUUUAGUGGGCACGAAGAAUGGCUUUGGAUCGCAUGGGAAUACGGCAACUUGGAGCAAUUUGAACGUAUUUUGACGCGCCUUUUCCGCGAUGUGGAAGUAGACAGUCAU